UUGCGCUCGCCCGGCGUCAAUCUCCGCAACAAAACCCUCCCCCGAGAUAUCAAAUAGGCCGUGUGGCGCCCUGGUUCUCGCACUACUUGCCCAGGCGGCUUCCGCUCCGUUCAAACACCGAGUGCGUCUCUGCUGCGGUGCGUUGCGCGCAGGCUGGAGGGAGAUGACAAGAGCCCCGCGGAACUGGCCAGACAAACAUGGAUCUCCGUAAAACGCUGAUUUCGGUGCUUUGGAUAUUAUUGCUGAACCAAGUGGAAGACUGUCACGCCGAGGAAGUGGUGCUGCUGAAUUCUAAAGAGACUCAGGCCGAGCUGGGCUGGACGUCAUAUCCCCCCAACGGAUGGGAGGAGAUAAGUGGUGUCGAUGAGAAGUACAAGCCCAUCCGGACAUACCAGGUGUGCAACGUGAUGGAGCCCACGCAGCAGAACAACUGGCUGCAGACGGGCUGGGUGGCGCGCCGAGGCGGCCAGCGCAUUUUUGUGGAGCUCCAGUUCACGUUGCGUGACUGCAACAGCAUCCCCGGUGUAGCAGGCACCUGCAAGGAGACCUUCAACCUCCUCUACGUUGAGUCGGACAGGGACCUCGGGGGUGUGACCCGAGAGGACCGCUACACCAAGAUCGACACCAUUGCCGCUGAUGAGAGCUUCACACAGGGCGACCUGGGUGAGAGAAAGAUGAAGCUGAACACGGAGGUGCGUGAGAUCGGCCACCUCAACCGCAGGGGCUUCCACCUGGCGUUCCAGGACGUCGGCGCCUGCGUGGCCCUGGUGGCCGUGCGGGUAUACUACAAACGCUGCCUUGCCACCGUCCAGAACCUGGCAGUGUUCCCCGACACAGUAGCCGAGGCGGCCUUUGCCACACUGGUAGAGGUGCGCGGCACCUGCGUCAACAACUCGGAGGUUGACACAGACAGCCCUCCCAGGAUGCAUUGCAGUGCCGAAGGGGAAUGGCUGGUACCCAUUGGGAAGUGCAGCUGCAGCGCCGGCUAUGAGGAGGGACACAGCAGCUGUGAAGCAUGUCCCUCUGGAUCCUACAAGAUGUCCUCCAGGCAGCAGGAAUGCUUUCCCUGCCCGGCCAACAGUGUCGCAGAGGAGGAAGGAUCUGUAGUGUGUGUGUGUGAGGAGGACCAUUUCAGGACUCCCCUGGACACUCCCUCAGCACCAUGCACACGGCCGCCGUCCCCUCCUAGAGAUUUGGUCUACACCCUGAAGCAGUCCACGCUGAUCCUGGAGUGGGCUGCACCAUCAGACACAGGUGGCAGGGUGGAUCUGACGUACAGCGUGGGGUGCCGGCGGUGUGUGGGGAGGCAGUGUGAGCCAUGUGGGGCAAGUGUUGGCUUUGUGCCUCAGCAGGUCGGCCUGACGGAAAGAACCGUGACCGUGGUCAAUCUUCUUCCCAACAGCAACUAUACAUUUACUGUAGAAGCCUUAAAUGGAGUGUCAGAACUGUUGCCCAACAAGAGGUUCUACACUCAGGUCAACGUGUCAACAAGCCUUCCUGCACCGUCUCUGAUCAGUGAGCUGCGAGCGGAGAAGAUCGAGCAGAAGAGCAUAACUUUGGUGUGGAGGGAGCCCUCCUACCCAAACAGCAGCCGCACUGAAUAUGAGGUCAAAUACUAUGAGAAGGAACAAAAGGAUCAGAGCUAUUCUACCGUGAAGACCGCAGCCACACGGAUCAGUGUCAACAACCUCAAACCUGGCACCACAUAUGUCUUCCUCAUCCGCCCUUUCUCCACGCCGGCCUCCUCCUCAUCCCUGUCCUCCUCCCCGCUCUCUUCCUCUGCCUCCUCCGCCUCCUCUUCCUCCUCCUCCUCUACUUCCUCCUCCUCUUCUUCCUCCUCCUCUUCUUCGUCAUCGUCCUCCUCUUCCUCGCCGCCCAUCGACUACGGAGCGUACAGCGCUCCCCUGGAGCUGCAGACACUUGGCGAGUUGGCCCUGGCGUCCAGUGAACAGAACCCAGUGGUGAUCAUUGUCGUGGUGUCUGUGGCUGCCCUGAUCAUGCUGCUCUCCAUGGGAGUUGGACUGCUCAUUUGGAGGAGACAGUGCGGCUACAGCAAAGCUUCUCAAGAGGGAGACGAGGAACUUUACUUCCAGUUUAAGAUCCCAACACGGAGGACCUACAUUGACCCAGAGACCUGUGAGGACCUGCUGCAGGCUGUACAUGCCUUUGCCAAGGAACUGGACAACUCAGGCAUCAAGAUAGAGAGAAUUGUGCACACAGGCGACUUUGGGGAGGUGUGUCGUGGCUGCCUAAAGCUCCCCAGUAAAAGAGAGCUGCCAGUGGCCAUAAAGACAUUAAGGGCCGGCUGCUCCGACAAACAGCGCCGCUCCUUCCUUAGUGAGGCUGGCAUCCUGGGGCAGUUUGACCACUCCAACAUCAUCCGACUGGAGGGCGUUAUCACCACCGGUAACACCAUGAUGAUCGUAGUGGAGAGCAUGUCUAACGGAGCCUUAGAUUCCUUCCUUAGGAAACACGAAGGCCAGCUGAGUGUAAUGCAGCUGAUGGACAUACUGACCGGAGUGGCAUCAGGGAUGAAGUACCUCACUGAAAUGGGCUUCAUCCACAAACGGCUGGCCGCACACAAGGUGCUGGUUAAUUCCAACCUGGGCUGCAAGGUGUCUGGUUUCAGACCUCUUCAGGAGGACAAGAUAGAGGCUAUCUACACCACAUUGCAUGGAGGGAAGAGUGUGGUGCUGUGGACCGCUCCGGAGGCCAUCCAGUACCAUCGCUUCUCCUCGGCCUCAGAUGUCUGGAGCUUUGGCAUCGUCAUGUGGGAGGUCAUGUCCUAUGGAGAGAGACCCUACUGGGAUAUGGGCAACCAGGAUGUGAUAAAGGCCAUUGAGGACGGUUUCAGGCUGCCAGCUCCGGUUAACUGCCCUCCACAUCUCCAUCAGUUGAUGCUGGACUGUUGGCAGAAGGAGAGGGCAGAGAGGCCCAGCUUCAGCCAGAUCCACUCAGCCCUCAGCAAGAGCAUUCGCUCCCCCGAUGGCAUCGGUUCCUCCACACUGGCACGCAGGACCCUGAGUUCAUCCAUUACACUAGCAGAAAGGCCUCUCCCCUCCUUCCCAUCUUUUAACUCAGUAGGAGAGUGGCUGGACGCGGUGGACAUGGGCCGAUACAAGGACAACUUCACUGCCGCAGGAUACUGCUACUUGGAGUCUGUGGCACGAAUGACUGUACAAGAUGUACUGAGCCUUGGCAUCACUUCCCUAGAGCACCAGAAGCUGAUACUGGCUGCGAUCCAGACCCUCAGAGCCCAGGUCAUCCAAAUGCACGGUCGCGGCGUGCAGGUCUAACAAAGAGUCGGCACACCGAGUCUCACGCUGCUGCUGCAGACGGAUGAUGGGGUGGAGAAGAGGGGGGAGAGAAAGACAGAGAGCUCUUCCAGACUUGAGGAAGAUGAGCAGAGCUUUCAUCUUACUGCACUCCUCUAUUUGCUCCUUCCCACACUUCCUCAUGCCUUCCUUGAUCCCUUCAUGGCUUUUUUCCACCAAACCCCUCGGAGAAGAGCAGAAUUCCUGUUGUGAUUGGGGGACAGCAAAGGAGUGAUGUCAUGUGACCUUUUUUUUUUUUUGUGACCUCUAUCUGCACUUUGACCUCCAAUAACUGUGUCAGCUUGAUCUCGCUGGUUUUGGAUCGGUGCGUUAAGUCAAGUGAAACACUGUCCCUAGCGGGACGGGCUCCGUCUGAAGCUGACCUCUGAGCUGCGGGAGAGGCAGAGAUAUACUACACUGCAAACAUGCCGGGUCAUGGACUAGUGCUCGAAGGAACAUUUACAUUUUAGGUGGAAUUGCCCUUUACCACAACAUUGAUUCACUAAAAACAAUAUAUUGUAGGAGGCAGGAACUAUUUUACUGGCCUUGGAUCUAAUAACUCUCUCCUCAGAACUUGCACAGCUGAUUUCACAUCAAACUGGAGCGUAUUUACUACAAGGACACAGAAUCAUAUCAUUGUACACCAGAGCUGAUCUCUUGUCAGAUGCUAAAGGAACAUUUCUGGAUGUUGAACAUGGCUGGAAUGUAACCCAUGGUUUCAGAGCAGCAGCUUAAGAAGUCUGUGCUGUCCCAUGUUAAGGGUCCUGUAAGUUUAGUAGAGUCGGACGAUCGAACGGGUCUAGCGUACUGUAUAGUCCUAUAUACAGUAUAUAAAGUGCUCACUGGAUGAACGGAGCUGCAGUAAGCUGUGGGUGAUGAUAUACUGUACCUUCAGGAACCUCAGCCCGCUUUGUCUUUAUUUUUUUUCUAUGAGGCUGCUGAUGGUGCAAAACGCUGCAGGACACAGUUGUAAAGCGAAGGGUUGAAAACAUGUGUUUGAUUGUUCAUUCAUUUGCUGUAUGUCGCCGUCUGUCUCGCUGCUCUCAGUAAUAGUUUCUUAAUUCCCUCUAUCUCUCCCUACUCCUCCGUGCUUUCCAUUUGUUUUUCUUUGUGCAUUUAAAGCAUCUAAUUUCCCCGUUAGCCUGCUGGAUGUAAUCUCGAUAAGAUAAUCCUCCUCUCCAAAGGCUCUCUCACUACCACGUUUAAUACUCUGUAUAGAGCUCAGGCCAACUCUGGAAGAUGGCCUGAUUCAGUUAUUUAUCCAUAUUUAUUUAUGUUUACAGACUGUAACACAAACCUCUCCAGAGAAGAGGUUAGGAAGGUUUAUUUAACUUAUAGUAUUUAAAAAAAAAAAAAAAAAAAA